GCCGGGCGCUCUCCGUCCGCCCCGCACCGACGUCGGCGCGAAGCCCCGCCGGCUGCUGGGGGGAGAGGGAGGUGUGCGAGUCGCGGAUGAAAGGAGGCAGAUGCUUCCCGAGGCGCAGCCCCGCCGGAGGGGCUCGGCCCUGGCCAGUGCCUGUCCGUGUGCCGGUUGAAGCGCUCGGACACCCCGCCCCCUCCGGGACGCGGACACCCACCGGACGGGUGUUGCGGAGCGGACGGAGCCGUGCGCUCCCCCGAAGAGUGACCGGCCGUCCGGGCUGCGCCGCUGCGGGCGCCGAACCACCGCGGAGGUGGCCCGAGGUGACGGGAGGCCGGGAGAGGUGCCGCCCCAGCGCCGGGAGCGCUGCCACCGUCAGCUACAACGUGUCUCCCCAGGAGAACUCCACAAUGAAAAAAACAACCCACAGUUGCUUCUUAGUGAUCAUCCUUCUACUUAGAAUGAUUCCAAGUCUUUCUUCUACUGUAAAUUAUACUGAUCCUACAUUAGAGCCUGUUGUAACUGAAAAUUCAGUCAUACGACAGAAGAUAAUAGAUUCGCAGUUCAAAUGCUAUGAGAGGAUGAACAGAGCUCCUCCGUAUAAGAAAAAAGGACUGUUCUGCAACCGAACGUGGGAUGGCUGGUUGUGCUGGGAUGACACACCUGCUGGCAGAAUCACUGCUCAGAAUUGUCCAGAUUAUUUUCCAGACUUUGAUCCAACUGAGCGAGCUUCAAAGUAUUGUGAUGAAACUGGAAACUGGUUCCGCCAUCCUGAGAGCAACCGAACGUGGUCCAACUAUACCCUGUGCAACUCUUUCACUUCUGAAAAAUUAAAGAUGGCGUUCAUACUUUAUUAUAUGGCAAUCGUUGGCCAUGCUUUGUCUAUAAUAUCGCUGUUGAUUUCCUUGGCAAUUUUCUUCUAUUUCAAGAGCCUCAGCUGUCAAAGGAUAACACUGCAUAAGAAUCUGUUUUCUUCUUAUGUGCUGAACUCCGUGUUUACAAUUGCCCACCUCAUUGCUGUUGUGCCUAACCCAGGCCUUGUAAAAAGGGAUCCUGUAAGCUGCAAAGUCCUGCAAUUCUUUCAUCAGUACAUGUUGGGCUGCAACUACUUCUGGAUGCUCUGCGAAGGCAUUUAUCUUCACACACUGAUUGUGGUGGCAGUGUUUGCUGAGGAGCAGCGUUUGCACUGGUAUUACCUCCUGGGCUGGGGGUUCCCUUUAGUGCCAGCAUCUAUUCACGCUGUUGCAAGAGCCAGAUACUUCAAUGACAACUGCUGGAUGAGUGUUGACACGCACUUGCUCUAUAUUGUUCAUGGACCUGUAAUGGCAGCUUUAUUGGUCAAUUUUUUCUUUUUGCUUAACAUUGUCCGAGUUUUGGUGACAAAGCUAAGAGAUACCCACCGUGCUGAGUCCAACAUGUAUAUGAAAGCUGUCAGAGCCACUUUAAUCCUGGUGCCCUUGCUAGGAAUUCAGUUUGUUAUUAUUCCCUGGAGACCUGAAAACCGACUCGCCGGAGAAAUAUAUGAUUACAUCAUGCAUAUAUUAAUGCAUUACCAGGGCUUACUUGUGGCAACUAUAUUCUGCUUCUUCAAUGGUGAGGUACAAGGAGCUUUGAAGAGGCAGUGGACACAGUACAAAACUCAGUGGGGCCAAAGGCGCCGAGAACACUGUUCCACGCGAUCUACCUCCUACACUGCCACAUCUAUCACAGAGGUCCCUGUCUACUUGUACCACCAUGAUUCCAACAAUGAACAGUUAAAUGGAAGAUACAUAGAGGACUCUGAACUUGUUGCAUUAAAAUCUGGGGAGACAUCUGCCUAGCUCAGCACCAGCCAUUGCAAAUACAUCAUUUCAUAUUCUACUUGUGAACAAAGUGGGGACAAGGGUGGGAGUGUGCAAAUCCAAGCUGUGUCAGAGGGCAAGACCAGGUGAAAACACAUAGUUGUCAAACCACAUCAGCCUCUGACAGCAGUGGCGCAGAGGGAGUCUGAUGCAGACCUGGGAAUAGCAUUUCUUGCUGUGCACUUCAGCAGGGAGUGAGCAUGGACCUACUAUCUGGGCUAUGUAAUCUUCACGUUUCCCGAUACCAGCC